GCUUCUCCAGGGGACCUGUCCAUGUUCUGCCCUCGUGUUGUGCUGGAAGGAAGCAGCUUUGUAGUUGCCUGCGAGACAGAGACUGUCGGCAGUCCGACCGCCAUUGUCCGCCUGGAGGGAGAGAAGGACAGACAGAAGGUGAUCAGCUCUGUACCACGAACAGCCAAUGGCACGCAGUUCAGAUGUCACGUGACCUGGGGAGGAGACACAAACAGCACCAGCAACUACACACUGCUUGUGGCAUACGGCCCGGACAUGGUCUCAAUCCGGAGUUCGUCUCCUAGCAACAACGCAAACACUUCGCUCGUCUGCUCAGCUUCGGAAGCGUACCCCGCAGUUAUCUACUCUUGGCAGGGAGCAUGCGCAGAAGUGACAACAAGUGUAGGUGGCAGCACCUGUCUCAUGUCUCGGCCAAUCAGUGACAGCGAUGUUAUCACGUGCACAGCCGUCAACUCCCUGUUUGACAUCUCUGUGACAACAUCCUACAGUCCUGGCCUCACAGGAACUCAGCCUCUAAUAGCUGCAGCUGUAGGUGGAGCUGCUGCUGGUGUCAUUAUCUUGACUGCUGUCAGCGUUGUCGUCAUUCUCUACAUUUUUAGAAAACGAAAAGAUGGAAUGUACGCCAGCACCACAAGGGGUAGAGAAGAGCCGCAUCCUUACAUGGACCUAGAGAUGAGAGGUCAAGGUCACUGUGAAACAACGUCUGCAGACUCACACUCUGAACAGUCACGUGACCAGGUCAAACACGGGUACGAGAGGACAGGGCGGUGUGUGAACAAGAAUAUGAAGCACAGAGUGUCAUCCAAUAUCUGAACAUGACUGGAAACCUCACGACAUGUCACGUGAGAUGUCUGACAUUUUAGUUUCAAUCUUGAAUUGGCUAAACGAGGACAUGUCCUCAUCCCGUGUCUCGCCGGAACUGUUGACAGUUGACUACAGACAAGUACCCGGAUGUGUGGUGACUGGCAGUAAUGAUAACCUGUUAGCAGCACUUGAAAUCAGAAUAGUUAAAGCUUAAGUAAUUAAUUCUCUUCAAGUCCAUUUGAAAGAUGUAGGAACAUGUGCUUCAAGUGUCUGGUGUAUUUAAGUUGUUUUGUUGUUUACAAGAAGUCUUUCAUGCUGGGUUAAUCCAAAACAAAACAGGGAACAGUGUGUGGUACUUGAACUGAUAACCUUCUCAGCGCUAAUAUGUGUGUGUGUGUGUGUGUCUACUUGACUCUCAAUCGAAUAAUAUGAAAGGUGUAGGUACCUGAAUGCCAGGUACUCAAUAUUUAGCUGAGUACACACGUGGUUUGUACUAAGUUUACUCAGCGCUCAAAGCUCAGCCUAAAACCACGGUAACAGCUUCAGCUCUAAACAAUUAGUAAAACUAUUAUUACAAUCUUCAUUAUUGUGAGAUUCUAUAAUAUCCAAACAACAGUCGGUAAAUCCAUAAUGUUUAUAAACAAAAGUUACAGCUAUCUGGAUGACGUCACUCGUCAUGUCACAUCGAAAAAUGAAUAUUCCUCACUAUCAUCCACCUUCUCCUCCUCCUUUGCAUCAUUACUAUCAUUGUCAUAUGUAUCAUCAGACAAUUUGUCUUUUGGAAGUGCUAAAGAAUCAAGAAUAGUUAUAUAAAUGGUUAUAUAACUGUUAUAUAAACAUUUCUCGAAGUUAUUUAUUUACUACAAGCACCAGGUGACGGCAGGUACACCUCCAUAUCUUAGAAAGAGGGGAAGGGGGUCACGGGAAGCUAGGAUGUAGUGAGGGGUGUUAUAGGGGGCGCAGUAUGAUAAGUUUCUCUUUCAUUAUUUUAUUUCAAAAAAGGAGGUUGAAGAUCGGGACCAUACUUGAACAACAGACUCCAUCAGUCACCUAGUUUAUCGUAGCUCGUGACAGUAGAAACACUGUAACACAAGCUGCUGAUGAUGGGUCUGCUCUGUACAAGCCGGAUGUCUGGCAUCUCCUCUGUUUAUAAUCCACUUGAGCUCAUUUUCCUGUCAGGUCUCAGUAAAUUAGUGAACUUGAUACAGAAUGGAAUUCAGUGUCAGCGCUGUCAUGCUUCACAAUAUUUUCAUAACUUGUAACUUGAAA